AAAGGCCGUCUCCCAACCAGACGGAGCUAGUACUAGCACUGCGCCGCAGCAAUGGUGGCUUCCCCCGCCGCAUAAAUCCCACCACUCGCGCUUCUCGGCGUGUUCUCCUCGGUUGGGCUUCCUUCCCCUCCAAUCGCGCGGGCGCGGCGCCGCCGGGGACAUGGCGACCGGGGAGUGGGAGCUGCGGGAGGAGGACGACUACGAGUUCGACCUCGACAACCCGUUCACCAGCCCCGCGGACGAGCCGAUCGCCAGCCUCCUCGACGCCGAGGGCCACCACGCGCCCUCCGUCUCCGCCGCGGCCUCCGCGGCCCGCCGCGACGCCGCCGCCUUCAUCUCCAAGGUGCGGUUCGGCGGGGAGCUCGCCGUCCACCCGCGCGUCGCCUACCUCGCGCUCAACUACGUGGAUCGCUUCCUCUCCAAGCGCCAAUUGCCCUGCGAGCAGCAGCCGUGGGCGCCGCGGCUGCUCGCCAUCAGCUGCCUCUCCCUCGCCUCCAAGAUGCAGCGCGUCGCAGCCGUCUCCAUCGCCGACAUCCAGAGGGAUGAGGAGUUCAUGUUCGACGAGGCGUCCGUGCGGCGCAUGGAGCGCGUGGUGGUGGGCGCGCUGGAGUGGCGCACGCGCUCCGUCACGCCGCUCGCCUUCCUCGGCUUCUUCCUCUCCGCGUGCUACCCGGCGCCCAGUCACCCGACACAGGUCGCUGCCGUCAAAGCGCGAGCCGUCGACCUCCUCGUCCGCGCCCAGCCCGAGGUCAAGAUGGCGGAGUUCUCGCCCUCCGUAUCGGCCGCAGCGGCGCUGCUCGCCGCUGCCGGGGAGGUCGCCGCCGCGAACCUCCAGGCGUUCCAAGCCGGCGUCGCCGCCUGCCCCUUUGUAAAUAGUGACAAGCUGCGAGAGUGCGGUGAGGUGCUGGCGGCGGCGUGCGGCGUCGGGCCGGUGCGUGCCGCGGCGAGCGCGGACACGCCGGUGACGGUGCUCGGGCACCACCGCAGCGCCAGCUCGGCGUCCGAGAGCGACUGGACCGUCGGAUCGGCGGCCAACGGCGGCGGUGGCGAGGCGAAGAAGCGCUGCAUGGGCCCACCGUCGCAUUGGGGGUAGGCGGCUGACCGAGUCAAGCGGGGAGCUUGGCACAUCUGGAUGGAAGAGUUGGAAAUUUACUCUUGCCCUGCGCCUUUUGCAAUUUUUUUCACUCUUUUUCUUUUCAAUUCUUUUCUUCUACUUUAAUGCUCUCGAGGUAAAGUGGUGGGGAUGGAUAGAAUUCGUGGUGGUGGUGCCUGUCAUUUAGUAGCUCCUUUUUGCUAGUUUGUCUUUUUAGGGGAGCCUAGUUAUGGUAAUUUUUGCGGCAGUGCUCUAGAAGGUGAGGAUGGUGGAUGAACAUAUUUGGCUGGGAGGGGCGAAAUGAUGUGAAAUGGCAGAAAAUAAAACCAAAAGGCAUGUUGCUGGUCA